AUGAGCAAAGGCGCCCUGCCCUUCACGAUCCACAACCUUCCCUACGGUGCCGUUGAUCUGAGCGCUCUGUUUCAGAAUGGCCUCUUCGAUAGCAUAACGGGUCUCGAGCAGGAUGUGUUCGCCAGUGCAAAACUCAACGCAUUCGCGUCAUUGCCCACUGCCAGCCGGGUGCAAGUGCGAGCGAAGCUGGUAGAGUACCUGUCCAAGGUCGACGUUGCCAAGGAUGCAGAAGACCCUGCCUUCCACCUCCUCACCGAGGUGCAGAUGCAUUUCCCUAUGCACACGCACAAUUUCUCAGACUUUUAUUGCUCUCUGGAGCAUACCAAGAAUUGCACUGCUAUCUUCACCACCAACCCCAUCAAUCCCAACUGGUUCACCAUUCCGUCCGUAUACAACGGCCGAACAUCGAGUCUGGUCAUCUCCGGAAACCCCAUCACCCGUCCAUUGGGUGUGUUUCCGCAACGUGACGUCGAUGGAAAGGUUUCGACACCCAACUUCCAGCCAGAGACCUACCUCGACUUCGAGCUGGAGAUGGGCGUCUUCUUGUCCAAGCCAAUUCCGCGUGGGCAGCGGUUGAAGAUCGAUGAUGCAAAAGAAUCGAUCUUCGGUCUUGUCUUGCUGAAUGACUGGUCGUCUCGGAACAUCCAGUUCUACGAGAUGCCGCCUCUAGGGCCCUUCCAUUCGAAAGGAUCAGGCACCUCAAUCUCCCCGUGGAUCGUACCCAUCGAAGCCCUCGAAGCUGUAGCAUGCCCAAGGCACACGACCCAGGAGCCAGCUCCGAUGUCGCAUCUGAACUGGACCGAUGAUGCGAAGGCGACCUACAAUGUCGAAGUUUCCGUUAAGAUUAUCCGCGACGGUCAGACGUACACACUGGGAAACAGCAAUCUGAAUGAACUCCACUGGACGCCCUUCCAGCAGAUCACACAUCUAGGCAGUGCCGGCGAAGGUCUCGCCACCGGAGACAUCUUCGGCACGGGGACAAUGUCGAGCUCGAGGACGAACGAACAGGGUGAAAAGAUCGGUCUCGGCUGUAUCUACGAGCGAAAGCUGCAAGGCAACACUCUCUCAACUGCUCCAGCGGAUAUCGUUGAUACCUUUUUGAAAGAUGGUGACGAGGUGGUCAUGGAAGGCUGGGCGGUGAAGCCGGAGACCGGCGAAGUGUUAUAUGGAUUUGGCGAGUGCAGGGGCAAGGUCCUGCCUGCAGUCCUGCCUUGA